AUGGGAACUCUGCUUUUGUUCCUCCUCGCCUUCUCUUUCUCCUUCUUCUCCACCUUCUCUUUCUCACCUUUCUCCCCCGUCGACAACCAUCUCAUCAAUUGCGGCUCCUCCCUCGACGCCGCCGUUGAUGCCCGCCGUUUCGUCUCCGAUUUCCACUACUCCAAUCCCGGCACUCCGCUCCAAUCCUCCGCUCUCACGACGGCGCUGUGCAACGGAUCCCCCGGAUCCAACUCGCCCCAAAUCUAUCACACGGCUCGGGUUUUCAGGAAACCCUCCAGAUACGCGGUCGAGAUCAAGGAGCCCGGAACUCACAUGGCCCGAUUCCACGUCCUGGUUGACAAUUAUGUUGCACUGAGCAACUUCACUGUAUCAGACACUCUGGUGAAGGAGUAUUUGGUCUGGGUUAGUCAGAACAAGCUUGUUAUCACGAUUGUUCCAACCCAGAAGGGUAAAUUAGGGUUCGUAAACGGAAUUGAGGUACUUUCUGCGCCUAAGGAUCUGAUUCCGGAUACGGCUACCCUUGUGAGGGAUGGCGAGGAGAAGAGAGAGAGCUAUGGGGAAUUGAACUACUCCGAAUAG